AUGUUCUCAGAGAUAACAGACAACAAGUUUUUGCUUGCCUUUACCAUCAUUGGAUUUGUAGAAAUAAUAAUGGGAACCUUAGGAAAUGGAUUCAUAGCACUGGUGAAUAUCAUGGACUGGAUCAAGAGAAGAAAGCUCUCUUCAGCAGACCAGAUUCUCACUGCCCUAGCCCUUUCCAGACUCAGUUUCAUGUGGUACAUGCUCGUUUUUAUGUUGUUAUUCAUGCUGUGCCCACAUCUGUUUAUGAGUUCACGCAUGCUUACAGUGUCAGAGAUUCUCUGGACAGUGAACAACCAUUUCAGCAUCUGGCUUAGCACAUGCCUCAGUGUCUUUUAUUUUCUCAAGAUAGCAAACUUCUCUAACUCUUUCUUUCUUUACCUAAAGUGGAGAGUUAAAGAAGUGGUUUUACUGAUAUUACUGGUAUCUCUGAUUUUCUUGAUUUUAAACACUGUAUUUAUAGAGAUGUGUCAUCAUUUCUUGUUUGAUGUGUAUAAAGAAAAUAUUUCUUAUAGUUUGAGUGAUUCAGCAGAUUUUCCUAGAGUUCUCUUACUUAUCAACUCAUCCACAACCUACUUACUCAUCAAGUUAUCUAAUAAUUUCUUACCCAUCAACUCAGUGUUCACUUUCAUACCCUUCACUGUGUCCCUGAUAGCUUUUCUCAUGCUCAUCUUCUCACUGUGGAAGCAUCACAGGAAGAUGAAACUCAAGACCAAAGGACAUAGAGAUGUUAGCACCAUGGCCCACAUGAAAGCCUUGCAAAUUGGGUUUGCCUUUCUGCUCCUGUAUGGGAUAUACUUACUCUAUAUUGCCAUAGGAAUUUUUAGCUUUGACUUUAUGGAGGAAUUAAUAUUUUUAUUUGACUAUUUUUCUGGAGUAGCUUUUCCUAUAAGCCACACAUUUGUUCUGAUUCUGGGAAACAGUAAGCUGAGAAAAGCCGCUCUUGUUGCGCUGCGGUUUCUGUGGUGCUGCUCCAAGGAUGUGGACACCGUGGAUCCCUAA